AUGCCAAAGAUUCCCUGCCUUGCUGAUCUUUGCAUGGUACCUAUAGGUACCGGUUCUGCAAGCGUUUCUGAUUUUGUUACCAUCGUUGAAAGAAGGAUUCGUGAAUCCCAUCUGAAAAGUACAUUACACAGUGCGGGAACUACUAUUGAGGGUCCCUGGGAUGAAGUGUUCACUUUGAUAGGUGAGUUACAUGAAUUAGCUCAUGAAAAUGGCUAUGUUAGAAUACAAUCUUCCCUAAGAGUAGGCACCAGAACUGAUAAACACCAAACCGCUCAAGAAAAGGUUGACACCGUUCUUCAGAAGUUGGAAAAACCACAUUGA